AUGUUUGCCUUUUGGACCUUUGCACUGUUACUGGUCGAUGCAGCGAGAGGAGGGGAGAUUUGCUAUGGAGAUCUGGGCUGCUUUUCAGAUGACAUACCAUGGGCUGGAACGGUAGAACGACCAAUUGCAAAGUUACCCUGGAAACCAGAGACAAUAAAUACUCGCUUCCUUCUCUAUACUAAAAAGAAUCCUAAUAACUUCCAGGAAAUCACAGCAAUUAAUCCAGAAACUAUUGAUUACUCAAACUUUAAUGCCAGCAAGAUAACUCGCUUUAUUACCCAUGGAUUUGUAGAUCAAGGUGAAGAACACUGGCUGUCAGACAUGUGCAAGAGGCUGUUUCUGAAGGAAGAUGUGAAUUGCAUCUGCAUCGACUGGAGUAGUGGUUCCAGAUGUGCAUACACCCAAGCAUCGAACAAUAUCCGUGUAGUGGGAGCUGAAGUGGCUUAUUUUGUAAAAAUCCUUAUGGAAAAGUAUGGAUACUCCCCAUCCAUGGUACAUUUCAUUGGCCACAGCCUUGGGGCACAUGCAGGUGCUGAGUUGGGACAAAGAAUACGAGGAAUUGGAAGAAUAACUGGACUAGAUCCUGCUUCACCCUAUUUUCAAGGCACACCAGUUGAAGUCAGACUGGAUAAAAGUGAUGCAGAUUUUGUUGAUGUGAUUCAUACGGAUUCAGCUCCAACCAUUCCAAAUCUAGGCUUUGGGAUGAGCCAAGCUGUGGGACACCUUGAUUUUUACCCAAAUGGAGGAAAAUACAUGCCAGGAUGUAAGAAAAAUCCCCUUUCACAAAUAGUGGACAUCGAUGGAAUCUGGGAAGGAACCCGUGACUUUGUGGCCUGUAACCACCUGCGGAGCUACAAGUAUUAUUCAGAUAGCAUUCUCUAUCCAGAUGGAUUUUUGGGUUAUGCCUGUGCUGCAUACAACGCAUUUGAAGAAGGAAGCUGCUUCCCAUGUCCCAAGGGUGGAUGUCCUAAAAUGGGUCACUAUGCAGAUGAAUAUAAAGACAACAUCACCUCUGCAUUUGUAAAGCUUUACUUGAAUACUGGAGAUGCCAGUAAUUUUGCCCGUUGGAGGUACAAAGUAUCAGUUACCCUGUCUGGAAGGAGCAGUGUCCGUGGAUAUAUAAAUAUUGCCCUAUACGGAACUGGAGGGAACACAAAGCAGUAUGAAAUUUUCAGGGGGAUGCUCAACCCAGGGAGUACAUACACCAAUUUAUUUGAUGCUGAAAUCAAUGUUGGAGCAGUAACUGUGGUUAAAUUCAUUUGGAAUAAUGAUAUCAUAAAUCCAACCUUUCCCAAACUUGGGGCAGCAAAUAUUAUGGUGGAAGAUGGAGAAGAUAGGCACAUAUUUAAUUUCUGCAGCAGUGACACCGUGAGAGAAGAUGUUCUGCAAACACUUAAACUAUGCUAA